CCUGUUCCUCCUUCCAUCAUGUCAAGAACACGACGGCUUCUUCGACGGGAAAUCACCUAUUCGUUUGCCAAGGAAGAGGAGGUCAACAUUCUUCAUCAACUGUCUUACUAUGAUAAACAGAACAGGUUCUUUUCUCAUCUCAACCAUCACCAACGCUGGAUCAAGAACAUUGUCGCGCAUCAUCUGAAUUUGAGCUCACCUGAUGCUUGUCAUGUGUCAAACGUUGAGUCUUGGUUACACGGUAGCUUCAACGUUUGCAUUCCUGUCACUGUCUGCACUAGAAGUGCAAAGCAGGUGAUUCUUCGACUCCCGCUCCCUUACAGGGUUGGGGAGGAGUUCAUGCCGGGCAACGGAGAUGAGAAGGUCAGAUGUGAGGCAGGGACCUAUGCAUGGCUCCAAGAGAACUGCCCGGACGUGCCAAUUCCAGGGUUAUAUGGGUUUGGUCUGUCGACUGGGGAAACUUUUACUUGCUUGGAAAACUUGCCGCUCCUAUACAAGUGGUUUCACUCCAUCAGGCGUCGGGUUUUCGCAUGGCUAGGGUAUCCGACUCCAUCCAGAUACGUUCCCCACCCACCCAAAAGAGAGCAGGGCGUUCACUUCAACUAUCUGCUUCUCGAGUACAUCGAACCAAGCCGGGGAAGCAUGCUUUCGGACACAUGGACCGAUCAUCAACAUGACAUCAGAUUACGGACAAAUCUUUUCCAUGGCCUUGCCCGCAUUCUCUUGAGUAUCAGCCGAAUCCCCAUUCCCCGGAUUGGCUCGUUUCUCAUCGACCACAAGGGGUUCUUGAUUUUAGCAAACCGGCCACUCUCCAUCGGCAUUCAGCAGCUGGAGAACGGACAUAUUCCCACAGGCAUGCAUCGUGACUGCACAUACUCCACUGUUGACUCUUACGUGGCAGAUGUGCUCACAUUCCACGACAAUCGGUUUCGGUACCAACCAAACGCCGUGAAUGACCUCGGAGACUGUGUCUUCCAGCUGUCCUCCCUCUCCGCGAUGCGAACCAUAUCCAAAACAUUCUUCCAGAGAGAACUUCGGCGAGGGCCCUUUGUUUUCUCACUGACGGACAUGCAUCAAAGCAACAUCUUCGUUGAUGCGGACUGGAAUAUUACUUGUCUAGUGGAUCUGGAGUGGGCCUGCUCUUUGCCGAUUGAGAUGAUUCGGCCUCCUCACUGGCUCACAAGCAUGGGUGUUGAUGAGCUGGUGCUAUCCGAGUAUGACAAACUGCGGACCGAAUUCAUGGACGCCUUAAAUGCCGAGGAGCAAGAAAUGGCAGAAAAGCCCAACUCGCCCCUCCUCUCGGACGUUAUGAGUAAAACAUGGGCAACAGGCACCUUUUGGUAUACACUGGCGCUCUCCAGCCCCUCCGGUCUAUUCACAAUCUUCAAACAACACAUACGACCACUAUUUUGCACAGAAUACAUUGAAGAGUUUAAUUUGAUUAUGCCUUUUCUUUGGGACAGGAAUGUGGGACGCAUCGCAAGUCAUAAACUUUCUGAUAAGAAAGAGUACGACCGCCAACUCCAACAGGAGUUUGGUGUCGAAUCUCCGGUCUGA